AUGUCGUUAUCUGAAGAAUACAGGCAGCAGAUUCAUGAAGCUUUCGACUUGUUUGAUGUCGAUAAGGAUGGAGUCAUCGAUUACAACGAGUUCACUACUGCAAUGAUUGCAUUGGGAUUUGACAUGAGCAAGAAAGACAUUUCUGAGUUAUUACAGAGCUAUAAAACUGUCCCAGAUGACAUAACGUUUGAUGUUUUCAAUGAUAUAAUGACAGAACUGAUGUUGAAACGAGAUCCAGAUGAAGAAAUAAUGAAAGCUUUCAAAUUAUUUGAUGACGACAACUCUGGGAAGAUCUCUUUCAAAAAUCUUAAGCGAGUAGCUAGAGAGUUAGGUGAGAAUAUCUCCGACAGUGACUUGAAAUCCAUGAUCAGCGAGUUUGACCACGACCAGGAUGGUGAAAUUGAUGCCCAAGAGUUCCUAGCAAUAAUGAAAGGUGACAAAUAG